AUGUCUCUCCCAACUUCCAUGAAAGCUUUGAGAUACUCCAAGCCAGAAGAAUACGGAAUUGUCGAAGUUCCUCUCCCAAAGCUCCGUGAUAACGAUGUCUUGGUAAAGGUCAAGGCCUGUGGUGUCUGCGGAACCGAUUUACACAUCCAUGAAGGAGAAUUCAUUGCAAAGGUAUUUCCCUCUUAUUCCUGGUACGCUAUAUUUCCUUCUUUGAACUGGUUGCUUCGUCUACUCGAUUUUGUUUGGCUGGUGAAGGCAUCUGCGUCUCUAGGCGAAUGUCAUGAAACUGUCGGUGUUAUUGCUGCUACUGGACCUAAGGUUAAGGGCUUCAAUGUUGGUGACAGAGUUGUAGCUGAUAACUCCGAACUUUGUGAGGAAUGUUUCUACUGCCGUCGUGGCCAACUCUUGCUUUGCGAGAACUUCAACGCUCACGGUGUUACUAUGGAUGGUGGUUUUGCAGAAUACUGUGCCUACCCAGCCGCCAAGGUUUUCAAGAUCGAGAACCUCUCAGAUGUUGAUGCGACACUCCUCGAGCCAGCCUCAUGCGCUGCUCACGGUCUUGAGAAGAUUGCACCAAAGAUGGGUUCUACCGUUCUCAUGUUCGGUGCUGGACCAACUGGUCUUGUGCUUGCUCAAUUACUCAGACAAAAUGGUGGAUGCAAGGUCGUCCUCGCUGCACCAGGUGGUCUUAAGAUGGAACUCGCCAAGAAGCUCGAUGCUGCUGAUAUCUACAUCGAACUUUCUCGUGAUAACCCAGAAGCUCAAUUCCAAAAAAUCAAGGAUGAGUACAAAUAUGGUUUCGAUAUCGUCGUUGAAGCUACCGGAAGCGCUAAGAUCCUCGAAGAUGCCAUCAACUACGUUCGUCGUGGAGGUAAGCUCGUUGUCUAUGGUGUCUACAGCAGUUCUGCUAGAGUUACUUGGCCACCAUCCAAGAUCUUUGGUGAUGAGAUUACCAUUCUUGGUUCUUUCUCUGAAACUUAUAUGUUCCCUGCCGCUAUCGAUUAUCUUGAUUCGGGCAAGGUCAAGGUUGAAGGUAUUGUCAACAAGACCUUCAAGCUUGAACAAUGGGGUGAGGCUUUGGAAUCUAUCAAGAACAAGAGUGCUAUUAAGGCAGCUAUUGUUUUUGAUUAG